AUGCGAAAUCACCGUGUGGAUUCGCAAGCAGUGUCAGCUAAUGUCAAGCUAGAGGUGAUUCAUGAAUCUAAUCCAUAUUUUGCAGGCGAAAGUAUACAGGUUCUAAUACGCCUCAAGCAUUUGGGUUCGGUACAAGCCAAAGAUCAAUCGGAGAUCAAACUGCAAGAACUGAGACAAAAACAGCAGGAUAUACAGAAAGAGGCCAAUCAAGAGAAAAGAAAAUCUUGGACGGUAAAGUCACUUUGGGGAUCCCCUGAUAGCGAAGAAAAAGCUGCUAACGAGAAAAUUCAAGCUUCAAUAUCACAUUUGGAGAAAGAGCUAAAAUUCAAUAGCCCCGUAAGACUCGCUUCUUGCUAUACCCAGAUAUAUGGAUGUUUCCAAUACGAUCCUGAAAUGAUAAACUCAAAGGAAUUCGAGCAUCAAGAUCACCAUCGACUAGCUGGCGUCGGCUCUCUUAAGUUAUCUGAGGGCAAAAACUCUAUUGCAGAAAGCUUUGCAGGACUUUUAUUUUCCAAUAUAGAAGAUGUUGCGCGUGAAUCUAUUUCUGGACCUACUGUCGAGUUGAUCAAAGUACCAUUUUUUCUUAUCCCACAAACACUGAUUUUCUCAGAAACAAUGUUGGAUCCAGGCCAAACUAGGACAUUCCAGUUCAAAUCCCCGCGGCUCCCUCAGGAUUUGACACCAUCUUAUCAAUCUUCGAAACAAUUAAAGAUACAGUACUUUCUAAGCUUUGGGCUGACAGAAAUAGAGUCCACCGUAAUUAAACCAUUCAGCGCUGAGUUCUCAGUCCACGUAUGCCCUUUUGUUGAUGUUUAUGGUCGCCAAUUAACGUCCAAACUGGACACUGAUAUUAGCAUCACAGCACCGGGACGAGCUAAAGAAAUUAAAGAUAAUUUACGGUCGCGACGUAAGUCAAGUUCCUCGAUUGUACUGAGGCGAAGAAGCUCGGUACUCUCAAUCAGCGCUUCGGAAGUCAAAGGAGACGUAAACUCUGAAUGCAAGAAGCUAUUCACACAAUUAAUAAGUGCUGAGGAUUCUUCAGCUGUGCUAGCCGACAGUAUAGAGGGUUUGGUGGAUCAGAUGAUAGAAUGUCAGUUUGGCGUCGAUACCUUUGAUACGUCGGAGGAUGACGAUGAGAAUAUUACGAAUGACCUUAGUCAAGGCUCGGUACGAAAAGAUGCCGUGUCUGUACGAAAGAAUUUAGGCAGCCUCUUUCGCAAUCUCGGAGGCGCACCUUCUUCUAGACAAAUUGGGGAAGGCAUUGACGCUUCCGAAUCAACUAAUAUGAUUUCUCAGGUCAAGCGACUGCAAAAGGAAUACAUCAUAAAUCGGGAUGGAGUUUUCAUCGCUAAGGUGAUUUUAUCAAAUUUGUUUUACACGACCGCGGAUGACAUUGAUCUCACCAUACAAUUGGGCAACGUAGGACCGCAUAAAGUCUCUGCCAUCACUACAUCGCUGAAGUCAAUUGAGCUGGUAAAUCCUAAAUAUUGCAUAGAUCCUACAUCGAAUGGCAGCAAAAUGGGUAAAAUAGUGGACCAGUCUCGAGCCAUUUGCUUCGAUGAAUUAUCCACCAUUCAAAUGAAACUAAUCCCGCAAAAGUCGCCUAGCCGUCAAAUGACUAGUCAAUUCAAAUCAGACAUUUUUCAGUUCAAAUGGAUGCUUUGCUUGAAAUUUGUGCUUAUUAGUCGCAAUGAUAUGCCAGAGUUAAUGCAAAAGUUUUAUGAAGAUAAAAAUGGUUCGCUUUAUCAUGCGAAACAUGUUUUGGACGGUGAAGAGUUCAUCUGCCACCUACCCUUGACGAUCCUGCCCACAUCUAAGAACUUUGGCGGCUGGUGA